AAUAACACAUGGGGUCCCCUAGUUUUAUAUAGUCCACAAGCUCUAUUUAUCAAUCACUUAAGGAUCAUAAUAUAGAAAUGGCUGUGGAGGAAGAGAUAAAGCAAAAGGCCCAACAAAUGGAGGAAAAAAACACUUAUAAAGUUUGUGUCACAGGAGGUGCAGGGUAUAUAGGUUCUUGUCUUGUUAAAAAACUUUUGGACAAAGGUUACAUUGUUCAUGCUACACUAAGAAACUUAGAGGAUGAGUCAAAGGUGGGAAUAUUGAAAAGUUUAAGUGGUGCAGAUGAAAGAUUAAAGUUAUUUGAAGCUGACAUUUAUAGAGCUGAGGUAUUUGAGGAAGCUAUUCAAGGCUGUGAAUUUGUUUUCCAUGUUGCUACCCCUUUAUUGCAAUCUCAAGGAUCUCAGUACAAAGAUAAAACAGAAGCAACAGUUGAUGGAGUGAAGAAAAUUGGAAGGAUUUGCCUUAAGAGUGGGACAGUGAAGAGACUAUGUUUUCAAUUUGUGUUAGAAAAAUCAGAAUUAUUGAUUAUGAUAAAUUUUUUCAGAAACAUGAAGUAAUUAAAAUUUAUUGAA